CUGGUUGUCCCGUUUCUGUGUCACUCCACUUGAGAAACGCACACCCGCCUUGGCUAAAGAGUUCACUAGCGGAAGGGAGAGUUCUCAUUCGAAGCUUUCGAGUCGAUCGAUACCAUCAGUAUCCACGCGUCAUCACCCAUCCCCCCACUUCGCUCUCAACUCCCCAGUCACACGCCCAUCGCACAGACGACAGACAGAUAGUGUGCGACUAAUAGACGCUCGCUCUCUCGCUCUCUCUCUCACUCACAUAGUCGCCAUGGAUCGCGAGUGGGACAGCAUUGAGGUGCUCCCGGCGCGCGAGCUAUCCGCGCGGUACGAGAUAAUCGACAUGCUGGGCGAGGGCCAGUACGGCACGGUGUGGCUCUGCGAGGAGCGCCACUCGGGCCGCCUCUUCGCGUGCAAGCACAUCAACCUCGCGGGGCUCGGCGAAAAGGGGAUUAAAGCCGCGGUUCGCGAGAUCGAAGUCAUGGCGACGCUUUCGGGUCAUCGCAACGUCGUGUCGCUGCAAGGGAUUUACGAGGACGAGGAGUCGGUUUAUGUGGUUAUGGAGUAUUGCAAUGGCGGCGAUUUAUUGAACCUGAUACAGAAAAAGGGCUUUCUGCCCGAAACGGAGUCCCGCAGGCUGUUCCUCGAGGUGACACGUGGCGUGAAGCAGUGCCACGACAGCGGCGUCAUCCACCGUGAUAUCAAGCCCGAAAAUAUUCUCCUCGUUCCCGACACCACCGCCGCAUCCGCCGCCGCCAGUGCCGGCGCCACCAGCCCCAUCACCCCUUCCAAGAACCCGUUCAACGCCCUUCAGCUCAACCCGCUCCGCGCGCGCUCCCGCUCCGUCUCCCCGCCCGCUUCCCCCUCCGCCACCUCCGCCUCCGCCUCCGCCUCCGCUUCCGCCAGCGGAGCCUCCGCGAAGCUCGCGGACUUCGGCCUGUCGCUCGCGCUGCGGCCGGGGCAGCGCGUGGUGGGGUACGCGGGGAGCUUUCCGUACGAGGCGCCCGAGGUUCUCGCGAAUAAGACGUACGACCAAUCCGCGGAUAUUUUCAGCCUCGGCGUGACGCUCUACGCGAUGCUCUCGGGCACGUGGCCCGCGUUCCACCGCUCGCGAUGCCUCGACGACACGGUCGACUGGGAGUUACCAUGCUGGCGAAAGGUUUCGGAGGUGGCGAAGGAUUUGAUCCGCUGGAUGGUGUCGCCGCUCCCGCACAUGCGCCCGACCGCGGACGAGGUCUUGGCGCACCCCUGGUUUGCGCUCCCCCUCGGCCUCCCCCUGCACCCCGCGCAGCCCGCAAGCCCGCGCAGCGUCGUCCGCAGCCUCCGCGGAAGCCGCUACUGGCGGCGCGAACGGUCGCAGAAGCAGGGAGAGGAAAGGGAGACGGUGCAGAAGGUUCGCCCGGGAGAAGAGGCUCCGCGGAGCCCGCGCGGCGCGCGUGACGCUGCCAGCAGCGCUGCUUGCCGCCGCGACCACCGCGAGGUCGCACCCAAGGAUGGACGCGUGGACAUUAUUGGAUACCAGCGGCCCGUGCUUUCCGUGCGGUAAAGGCUCACUGAACCAGUGGCUACUCCACGCGCACGGUGAAGCCCUGACGGCCGGUUCCCUGCUAACGAUCGUUGGCGAGAAUUCUGUGCAACGGUUUCGCGAAUAGGGCGAGCUUGAAUCGCCUCAGGCGUCGGAAAGGGGGGAGGCCUGUAUAUGAUGUGGCUGGGGUGGGCAGGCUUGGCAGAACAUGUGGAAAUGCGCUGCUACCAGUAUCAGCAGUCAUCCAGUCAUCCCUUGGGAGUCUUUUUUUAUGUGACCCCAGGGAUGCAUGUUCUGACCAUGCCUGCCCUACCAGCUGCCCGGCUUCCCCUCGUUAUAGUCAUCAUCUCCAGACUCUGAGGCGCCUCAAGCUUGCUGCCUUCUCUUUGACCCUUUUUCCUUGUUCGCUUCCUCUUCAGCAUCCUUCUGAAGGGAGUGUGUAGGAGUAGCAUGUAGAGGGAGAACUCCCGUGCAGGGCUGACUUUAUCAGACUAUUUACUCUGAUUAGUCUGAAAUCUCAGACCGGUUUUUUGGCUAAACCUGAAUUUCCAGAUAAGGCAUUUUC